AACUCACCCCUCCACUACCCACAGUAGAACCCAAAUCAUGAAUCCUAAGACCCACAGAACAACUACAACUACAAGCAGCAGCUCUAAUUUCUUCAACACCCAUUUUGUCAGGCCCAGCAACAAUGGCGGAGAUCGUGCUCUCACCUUUUACCAUAUGUCUCGUCUCUAUCCGACCCUCAUUUUCACAUGCAGCCUUCUCCUCGUUGACUCCCUUUUCUUUGUUUUCAUUCAUCCCACCAAUGUCAUUCAUUUCACACUCACAUCAGUUUUGUUAUGAGUUUACUGGUCCCAACUGUAUGUAUUUAUGUAUGUAUCUAUGUAUGUAUGUAUGGGUUUUCUCUCUCUUUCUUAUCUAGCCCAUCCUGUCAUUUAUGUCACCCGUUGAUCACCCUUUUUGUGAUCUAAUUUAAUUGUGUCGUUGCGCUUUUUGAUGAUGAUUAUUAAGUUUAUGGGUUGGUGUUAUUAUUGGGACGUAUAAUUGGGUUGCCCUCCAAGUGUUUGAUUAAAUGCCACAACCAGCUUUUGUGUGUUGUGUGCUGUCUGUGAUCGUUAAAACCUCGUAAAAGUGGGUUAGAUAUACUUAGAUUAGUAACUUAUCUUUUGCAUUCAGUGGUACAGUGGAGGAUUGUUGAUAGCUACAUCUUUCACUUUUAUUAUCAUGCUGUUUUGAUAUUUUUUUUUUCUAUUGUUAUAACCAGAACUCGGUUUCGUUCCUUCUUUGCUUGUUCCCUAUCUUGUUUUCUCAUUGUUUGGUGUUUGAAUAUGAAAGUUCUUGAUCUUGAAAAAUGUUUUGUGGGGUUGGUGAUGGCGGUUAUGCUCUCCGUUUUGGUCGUUGUUGAUUCGAUUAACGAAGAGGGUGCUGUGCUGUUGGAGUUCAAACUCUCUCUUGAUGAUCCAAGCAGCAAUUUAAACACAUGGAAUCGAUCCGAUUCGUUUCCUUGUAAUUGGGUAGGUGUUGGCUGUACCAAUGAUCACAAGGUAAUUUCUGUAAACCUUCAUGGUUUGAAUUUAUCCGGCUCUCUUUCAUCAACUAUUUGUAAGCUUUCGUUUCUAACCGUGUUGAACAUAUCCACCAACUUCAUUUCCGGUCCCAUUCCGGAUGGUUUAGCUUCCUGUCAACACUUGGAAGUUUUAGACCUUUGUACAAAUCGAUUCCAUGAUGCUUUCCCCGCCCAACUUUCCGCAAUUUCGUCCCUUAAAAUCCUUUCCUUGUGUGAAAACUACAUUAACGGUGUGAUCCCUGAGGACAUUGGGAAACUGGUAUCGUUACAGGAACUUGUUGUUUACAGUAAUAAUCUAACCGGCAUGAUUCCCAAAUCCAUUGGUAGAUUAAAACAACUUAAAAUAAUCCGGGCCGGUGUCAAUUUGUUAUCCGGCCCGAUUCCUAGUGAGAUCAGUGAAUGUGAAAGCUUGGAGGUUCUCGGGUUGGCUCAAAAUUCUUUAUCGGGCCCGUUUCCUAUAGAGCUUCAAAAGCUCAAGAAUCUUACUAGUUUGGUCCUUUGGCAGAAUCUAUUAUCCGGUGAGAUUCCUCCAGAAAUCGGGAAUUUCAGUCGUUUAGAAUUGCUUGCGCUCCACGCAAACUCUUUCUCCGGAAGAAUUCCACAAGAAAUUGGUAAACUAACACAACUAAAAAGGUUGUACUUGUAUACCAACCAGUUAAACGGUUCGAUUCCACGAGAAUUAGGAAACUGUGUUAAUCUAGUUGAAAUCGAUCUUUCUGAAAACCGUUUAACAGGGUUCAUCCCGAAAGAAUUGGGCCAGAUUUUAAACCUCCAUCUGCUUCAUCUUUUCGAAAACCUCUUGGUGGGUGACAUUCCGGACGAGCUUUCACAUUUGAAAGAGCUUCGGAAACUAGAUCUUUCUAUUAACAAUUUGACUGGCGAAAUUCCUUUAGGUUUUCAGUAUAAUCCGUUUUUGGAAAGUUUUCAGCUUUUCGAUAAUCAUCUUGAGGGAAGUAUCCCUCCGUUGAUAGGAGCGAGUAGUAACCUUUCGGUUCUUGAUAUUUCGAUGAAUAAUCUUGUCGGAACCAUACCUCCACAUCUUUGUAAAUCUCAGAAACUGAUGUUUUUAAGCCUGGGAUCGAAUAAGUUGUCGGGCAACAUUCCACAUGGUUUAAAGUCAUGCAAAUCUCUUAUACAACUAAUGUUAGGAGACAAUUUGCUUACAGGUAGCCUGUUUAUCGAAUUCUCGAAUCUUUAUAAUCUUUCGGCUCUUGAACUCCAUCAAAACCGCUUCACCGGACCAUUACCACCAGAAAUCGGGCAGUUAAAGAACUUAAAAAGGCUUCAUUUGUCCGAUAAUUACUUUUUCGGUCACAUUCCUCCUGAAAUCGGGAAUUUGGUUCAGCUUGUUACGUUUAAUGUGUCUUCUAAUCGGCUUUUUGGGGACAUUCCUGGUGAACUAAUGAACUGUUUGAAUCUCCAACGACUUGAUAUUAGCAGAAACUGGUUUACGGGUCAUGUUCCAUUCGAAAUUGGCAAUUUGGUAAAUUUGGAAUUGCUUAAAUUGUCUGACAACAAAAUGAACGGGUCAAUACCGAAUUCAAUCGGGAAACUAGCCCGUUUAACCGAAUUGCAAAUGGGCGGUAAUUCGUUUUCCGGAAAUGUUCCGUUUGAACUCGGUCAGCUCACUGCUCUUCAGAUUUCACUCAAUAUUAGUCAUAAUUCUCUUUCGGGCACGAUACCGCAGAAUCUCGGAAACUUGAUAAUGCUGGAGUCUUUGUAUUUGAAUGACAAUCUACUUGUUGGCGAAAUUCCGGAAUCGAUCGGGCAGUUAGUGAGCCUUUUGGUCUGUAACCUUUCGAACAAUCAUUUGUUCGGUGCGGUUCCUAACACUCCUGUUUUUAAACGGAUGGAUUCUAGCAACUUUGCAGGAAAUGAAGGGCUAUGCGUUUUGGGUUCAAACCACUGUUCACCACCUUCAAUUCGGCGAUCGCAUCAUCAUUCGGGCUGGUUUAGUGACGGGCUUACUAAAGAUAAAAUCGUGAGCGUUGUGUCGGGUAUUGUAGGGUUCUUUUCUUUGAUCUUUGCGAUGGGUGUUUGUUGGGCUAUAAAGAACCGAAAGCCCGUAUGUGUGCCACUUGAAGAAGAGCAAGUGAAGCCUGAUGUGUUGGACAAUUAUUACUUCCCAAAAGCCGGGUUCAAAUAUCAAGAUCUUGUUGAAGCAACUCAUAACUUUUCAGAAGAUGUUGUGAUCGGAAAAGGAGCAUGUGGGGUGGUUUACAAGGCGGUGAUGGGUGAUGGUGAGGUGGUGGCGGUGAAGAAGUUGAAAUCCGGUGGCGGUGGGGCCAUUGUUGACCGUAGCUUCCUUGCUGAAAUAUCGACUCUUGGAAAAAUCCGGCAUAAGAAUAUUGUGAAACUUUACGGUUUUUGCUACCACCAGGAAUCGAAUCUUUUACUAUACGAGUACAUGGAAAACGGGAGUUUAGGGGAGUUACUUCACGGCAAUAGUAAUAAUAAUAAUAAUAAUAAUGACAAUAAUAAUGCUCGUUUUCUUGACUGGAAUGCUCGAUACAAUAUUGCGCGUGGAGCAGCCGAAGGUUUAUGCUAUCUCCACAAUGACUGUAGGCCCCACAUUGUUCACCGCGAUAUAAAGUCAAACAACAUAUUAUUAGACAAAAAUCUCCAACCUCAUGUUGGAGAUUUUGGUUUGGCUAAACUGAUGGAUAACCCGUAUUCGAAAUCCAUGUCAGCGGUUGCCGGUUCAUACGGCUACAUUGCUCCGGAAUAUGCGUAUACAAUGAAGGUGACCGAAAAGUGUGACAUAUAUAGUUUUGGGGUGGUUCUGUUGGAGCUAGUUACAGGGAAGCCGCCGGUUCAACCCCUUGAUCAAGGUGGGGAUCUUGUGACGUGUGUUAAAAGAUCGGUUAAUGGGAUGCUUCCAGUUUCUGAUAUUUUUGACAAACGGUUAGAUUUGAGUUGUAAAAAGACGACAGAUGAGAUGACUCUUUUUUUAAGGAUAGCGUUGUUCUGUACAAGUCCAUCUCCGCUAAAUAGGCCGACAAUGAGAGAAGUGAUCGCAAUGAUGAUUGACUCCAGGGAAGUCAAAAUUAAUUCACCAAUUUCACCGUCAUCAGAAACUCCUCUAGAUGAUGCUAAUUCAUGCAAAGAUUAUAUGAAUCAAGAAGAAUUCGGGAUUAGUCCUUGGCACUCUAGAUCAUCUUCCUUGUCUCCCUUGGAUAAUCCAAGUAAAUAACGUAAUCUCAUUCUUAUUGUACAAAAAAGCAAAAGACACAACGUUUGCGGUUUAACAUAUUUUCUAGUUAUGAAUUGGGGACGUUCACAGGUUCUUUAGAUAACCUCAACAACCGGCAUACGGUUUUGUCAUAGCAAUAGUCUUCAGCUAGAAUCCAAUGCAGAAAUGUUUCUCAUGACUCUAAAUUCAAGUCUAGAAUUUGUUCUGUUUGUCAUAACUUGUAUACCAACACUAAUGAUCAAGUUCCAACCUUUGUUUAUGGAUAUUAUUUAAAGUUUAAACUGAACUUUAAAGUUUAAAUACUGCAUAAACUUUGACAGGUUGUAUGCUAAUUAUUGAAGAUGGGCUAUAA